UUAUGAAAUCUUGUUGAAAAACACCAGUAGACGUGUAUUAAUUAACUUCUCUGGUGUUUCAACAUGCCCGUAUUGUAGGGCUACGCCUCUUCACAGAUGAAAUUAUAAAAAUGGUAACACUAAAUGGUAUAUUAUAUUGGAAUAUAUUAUAAAUCCUGACAUAUAAUAAACUGCUCUGAUAACACUCAACAAAAAAUCAGUGUAAUCAUGUCAAAAUAUGAGGAUAUUGGCGUCUCCUUGUGGCUAGCUGUAUUCUUGCAAAGUCUAUGAUAGAAUUUCGGGUAACAACAUGGCAAGUGGAGAUUCGUGAAAAAUGAAUCAAGGCUACGAACGUGUGACGUAGUAGUGAAAUUACUUGACACCUCUUUUUCACUGUCGAAAUCUUUUCAUUAUCAUAAUUGGUCAUGUUCUUCCCUGAAGCAAUGCUGGAUAAAAGUGUGAGUGAUAGAAGAGGCGGUAACUUUGGGGACUCUUUUUUAGGCUGUUAAACAUGAGCUUAAUUAGUUAGCAAUACAAUACAACAACAAUAUCCAAGCCUACUAUAGGGAGCCAUUAUAGGGACAACUUGCAAAUUUGCAGUUUGGUGCGAUCUGGAUUUCUUCCAGAGUGCAAGGCAACAAGUUGACAUUGAUGACUAAACGUUCACACUAUUUGAUACGGUAUGUAGUUUGAUAUUAGCAGGUCUCUCUGUCUGGUUAUAUUAUCCAGAUUUCAUAAUGUUUUAGAGCACGUCAAAUGCAAUCUUGUGGGCUGCUCACAAGAUUAUAUUUGGUGCAUGCACGUUGCUGUGUGUGCAUACCAUUCAGGGUCAAGGAUUUGUUGUCAGAUGGUUAUUCGUGUUAAAAAACUUUGACAACUUCCUCAUCUUACGCAUAUAACUCCCACAACACAAGACUUUCACGAAACCAUUAUUACUGUUGUUUUCACAGCAGUCACUGUUUUGACUUCAUAAAUCACGAACACCAGCGGAAUCACAACACAAAACAAACACACAUAUCAUCCCGGAGAUCUCCUAGACUUCCGCAAACAUUCAUCAAACUCCCCUCAUGCCUGAUCCUUCCACACCUGUCAGAAGCUAUGAUGAGGCUCUAUAAAAGGAGUGACCUUUUUGAUGAGUCAUCCUUUAUUAAGGCCUGGGAGACAGUGAAUGGUGCUGAUAGGAGCGAUUGAAAGACCCAAUGUAUUUAGGUGCCCAGCAUGGUGCCAGCAGGGUCAACCUGCCUGCCCCUCCUCUGGAAAUGUUAAUGAGUGCCUGAGGUGGCGUGUGGGUCUGAGUAAUCACAGUGAGAUGUUCGCCGCCCUGCAGGUGGCUGGAGAUGGUUAGCAGGAGAGAAAGGUCACCUUGUCACCCGUGUCCCCCACCCUCCCACAGACCAACCCUUUCUACACGGAGUUAUGUUUUCCAGUUGACUUGGGACAUCAGUAAUAUCGGUCACCGCUUUUAUGUCAAUCUCCUCACCCUUAGCAUCACAGUGGGACGCUGUGUUCAAGCAGGCCAUCAAGAACGGUACUACUGAGCACUGUGUUGAACCAGUGAUUGUAUAGAAAGUGAUUGUCGGGCUCAAUAGAGUUGGAACAAUACUUCGCAGCGUAUGAUUUAUGGGAGAUUGUGAUUCGUUCGGGCAUGUGAAAAGGUGCCAGUGGUUGGGAGACUCAGGGGUAGACGAGCCAAUUAACAUUUGAGUCACUUCACGUCAUCAGCAGCCUGCCACUGUGCACAGUGCGUGGAGUGAGCGAGGAAGCGAGAGAGAGAGAGAGAGAGUUGCGCAAAAUGCCUGCACGAUGCGCUAAAUGCCAGUGCUUAAUCGCAAGUGAGGUGCCUUUAGUGCUAAUUGAGUCAGACGUCAACACUCACACCACCCUGGGAAGGCUCAGUGUUCACAGAAAGCCCAGGUUACUCAUUUCAUAGGUGGAAGAACUUGGCAAUGACUCAUUAUGCACUCACUACACAGCGAGCAUUUGGUUACCUGAUGUCAGACAGAAUAAUGGCAAGCAAAGACAAAUGUAUCACUCAGUCCUUUGAAACUUGAAUGAAAGUUUAGAGAGAUAUGCCACAAAAUGGCAGUCAGAUAAGGAUUUAAAAGCCAUUUUGGUUAGAAUUAUGUUUUUGUGAUGAAAAUAGAAAUGAAAAUAGUUAAAAAGGCAUCUUUAAAAAUCAGGUGCCGUUUCAAGUGAUAGUAGGUGCUUUCCUCUUUACUUGGUCAAAAGGAAAUGCAAAACCGAUGACGACAACAAACUGGUCAGACAAGAAAAAUUGACCUCUUUUCCAACAUUUGUUUUGAUUAAGCAGGUGAUAGUGCUAAUUCCAAUUAAGCCAGAUACAUGAUUUGUUUGGUAAACUUGCUGGUGUCUUAAAUAGUUUCAGAUGCUUUAAUACAUGCACAGUACUCCUUAUCCAUGUGACAGCUUGAACUCAAGUGCCCCAGUUGACACAAAAUGUGUUAUUCCAACAUGUCACUUAACUUGCAACAGAAGCAGUUAUGAAGCCUGUUGCACCAGCCGUGACAACUCCUUAGAAGCAUCUCACUCAGUUUAACACGCACACACACAAACAAACACACACACACACACACACACACACACACACACAGACACACACACACAGACACAAACACACAAAACACACACAGACAGCCCCCAUCAUCCAUCUACCACCUCCGUCUUACGUAGUCCACAGUGAGCCAAUCAAAGCCCCAACCCUCACCCAUGGGAGACCUAUAUAUCCCGGUCUCUGCGUUCCCCCACCAACUACUCUCAAGGGCCACGACACCUACUGUCACUCCUCCGGACUUCCACAACAGAGGCUGAGUGAAGCGUGCCACAGGAGUCAUGCUCUGCUCCCAACUCCAGCUCCUAUUGGUGUCCCUGUGCACCUCUGCGCUCCUGGGUCGGAUCAGUGCCGCGCCACAGAGAGACAUCCUGGACCAGUUUCUCAGAAACAACGGCAACAUCAAGGACACCAACGUCAGUGAGGAUGUGUCCGAGAUGCUGCGGCUAAAGAUCCUGGCGGACCUGAUGGCCGAGGGGGAUGACGAUAACCUCCUCCCGGACCGAGGACCGCAGGGCGGACGGGACCAGGUGCCACGACAGCUCCCCAACUCCCAACGGGAGCGCAAAGCAGGCUGCCGGAACUUCUACUGGAAGACCUUCACAUCCUGCUAGCCAAGAAGGGACUGCUAUCCUACAAGGCAUCCAGUUCUGGGGGGGGAGCAAUUUAUUGUUGGUAUAUUUCAGGUGAAAAUUGCUGAAAAUUGCUUGCUGCUCCAUUCAUACUAAAACACUGAAAUUCACUGUCUUGUAGGAUGUUUUUCGUUCUUUGCUCACACGGUCACUUUUUAUGACUAUGCUGUAAAUAUACAUGGAAACGUUAGUGUUACCAAAAGUGAGUUUGAGCAAUUGUAAAUGGUGGUAAAAUGCACAACUGACAGGCACAAAUGUCGGUGUAAAUGAAGGUCUCUGACCCUUUCCAAUCUGCCAGAGGACAUUUACUGAUAUAUCCACCCCUAACUGGAAUCACACCGUAGUUGACAUAACGAGAAGUGACAGAGUGCAAGUGGAGGAAAGGGAGGCAGAAUUUCAAAGGAUCUGUAUUGCUGAGCACAAUGAAGUGAUGGGGGUGCUUGUGUGUUUGUUUGUGUCUUGGACUGUUGUGGCCACGGAAACCAAUGCUUCUCACCAAUAUUUUCAUUAAAGCUAUGUGUUUGUAUAUGC